GCGGCGGAACAGACUGAGGGUGCACGGAAAAUCUCCCGGAAUUUGAGAUUUCAGUCAUUUUGCAUCUCUGAAUAUUCCCAACUCUGCACUCCAAUCGCGCAGAAUGAAGGGUUAUCUGAAAACCUCAGAGGGGGCUUUCAUGUUACGACCCAAGAGCACCACGGUGGGGAGGCAUGAAGACAAUGAUCUGUGUUUGCAGACAGGGGGCGUGGAGGAGCACCAUGCCCUGAUCGAGUUCAGUGAUUUGGAGGGCAGCUUUGUGCUCCGAGACUUCAACUCCUACCACGGCUCCUUCGUCAAUGACUGCCGGAUCCAGAACGCUGCGGUGCGCCUGGCCCCGGGAGACGUGCUCCACUUCGGCUUCGAGGGGCCCUCCUACGAGCUGGUGGUGGAGAACACACCCUCGCUCUCCUGCCCACCAGUGUCUCAGCGCACAGCUUGGCAGGGACACCUCCAGAUCAUUAAGGACCACAGACCGCCCCCUUCCCCAGCAUCUCUCUCUCAGCUGCCCUCCCUGCAGUCCCAGCCCUCCUCAUCGGCUCCCUGGACCCAGGGGGGACCCCCGGGAGCCAUACCUCACCCGCCCAUCAGGACCCGGACUGCUAGCGCUGGAAACAGGAGAGGGGGGGCGCCUGUGAACUCUGUAGAGUAUGGAGUGCCCUCACUCAGAACAGGAAACUGGACGAGCAGUGCUGGAGUGGAGCGCGCAUUCACAAAUGGGUCCCAGUCUCUCUCACCUCAGGCCCUCGAGCUCUUGCUUCAGGAGAAGGAGCAGAGGCUCUUGCGGCAGGGAGAUGAGGUGAGCAGGCUGCAGGUGUUCGAGGGGGAGUCGCGGCGCAAGGACGCGGUUAUCGCCAGCCUCCGGGACGAGAUCGCUGCUCUGAAGCAGCAGCUGGCACAGGUCCGCGGAGACACAGAUAUCAUCCAUGCACUGAAGACACUGGAGAGCAAGAAAGAGGAGAUCCAGGAGCUCAAGGAACAGAUGAUCAAGCUCCAGACGGGCUCAAGUGAAGUCCUGAGGCACGCCUUCAGUGAGAGAGACCUGGAGAUCAGCAGCCUGAAGAACGAGAAUGAGAGGCUCCGCAGAGACAGCUCCAUGUCUGCAGGGCUGGUGACCAGUCUGCAGCGGGACAUCUCUGCCCGGGAGCAGCAGGUCAUGCGGCUGGGCGGCGAGGUUGAGAAGCUACACAAGCAAAUCCGCGAGAAGGACAUUCAGCUGGCAUCCAUGUCCGCCAAGUUUUCAAAUAGGAGGGAGACAAAGAAACACGAAGAGGAGCUGGUGGCCCGAGAAACUGAAGUGGUCACUCUCAAAAAAUGCUUGCAGCAGAUGGAGCAGCGAGUGAAGGAGCUGGAGGCUGACACUGAGAAGCAUCACUCCGAGGCAGACAGGCUGGCCCAGGACAGACAGGCCCAGGCCCGGCUGCAGGAGGAGCUGGAGAGAGGCAGGCAGCAGCUGCAGGAGUCAGGGCUCCAGGAGCAGCUCACCAGGGUACAGCUGGAGCAGACACAAGCCCGGCUGGAGCGGUUCCGCAGUCGAAUCAUCCAGACCACCUACACUGCUCCGGGCAUCCCUGCUCCCAACGAGGCUGUCUCCGAUCAAGAGGUUAUUGAACAGAUGAAGGAGAUCAUUGAGGAGAGAGCACAGCUUAAAGAGAUGGUGCGGGAGCUACAGAAGCAGCUGGAGGGGAAGACCUCUGAGCUGGACGAGAGGGCGGCCAACGCAGACAAGCUGAAGAACACGCUAGAGGAAUGUCAGACCCGUCUGAAGGAAGCCCGCUUGACACCUGCUCUGAAGAGAGAGGUGGAAGCUCUGCAGCAGCUAUGUGUCGACCCGUCCCUGAGUUGGGUCCAGAGAGUGGCUGUGGAGCUGCUGCUCCGACAGGUGUCAUGGCAACAGGAGGUGGAGCAGGCCCUGCAGGAUGCUGGGAUUGAUGUGCUCAGCAACACGGAAGGAAUCCUGGGCUGUAUCAAGAAGUUGUGGCAGCGCCACCAAGAGGCAGAGGAUAAGAGGAACGCUUUACAGGCCCAUCUGGAGGAGCUGCAGGGUUCCCAGGAUGCUUUGCUGCAGGAAAGGGAGGAGAUGCUGACGAAGGAGCAUGAGAACCAGCGGCAGGAUGAACUGAAACGCUCAAAGGAAGCAGCAGAGGAGCAAAGCCAGCAGUGUCUUGAAGAGGCCCUGAGGGUGGAGCGAGAGCGCAUGGCACAAGAGCGCACGAAACUGGAGAUGAUGGAGAGUCACUACAGAGAGCUGAGAGAGUUGAUGGCAGCAAAAUCACAAGAAGAGGAAACUUUGAAAUCAAGACAGAAUGAGCUCACUCAAGCACUGGAGUCAGCCAGGAAUACAGAGGAGGCGGUGCGGGCGGAGGUGGAGGAGGAGAGGGAGAAGCAACGAGAGGAGACUGCCCAGUACAGGGAGCAGGUCCGACAGCACUCCCGCACUAUCGUGGCUCUGGAGGACAGGCUGCUGAAGCUCAGCCAGCAGCAGGGGGCGCUGGAGGAGGAGAGGACAGCACUGCGAGGCAGACUCAGAGAAGCUGAGAAGAAGCUGGAGAGCAGACAGCCUGCCCCUGCUGCCCUACCCCCCCCAGCUCCCUCAGCCCCAGCAAUCCCCCCGCAGCUUGUUGCCCUCAGGGCAGGGUUGGCGGAGGCCCAGCGGGAGAUCCUGUCGCAGAGAGACGUCAUCGUGAGACUCAGCAGCGACCUGGCCAGGGCGAAUGCCAGGAUGUCAGACAUGACAGGAGAGCUGAGCGAGAAACAGAAGAUGGAACUGGAGCAGAACCGAGCCAUCGUGAGGGACCAGAGGACUGAGCUGAGCACGCUCAGAAAGCAGCUGGCAGGGAUGUCUGAGCUAGUGGAGAAGAAGAAAGCAGAGCUGCAGAGCGCAGUGGAGGAACUCCGGCACUGUAAGGCUGAUCUGGAGAGGCAGCAGAGCAUAUUGAAUGAGAAGGAAUCUCAGUGUGAGAAGCUUGAGGAGGAACCCAAAGGAGAGGAGAGAGACAGCCAGAGACCCAGACAUACGGAGGAGAAGAUUGCUAAGACUGAUCUUGCAGACCAAGGGGCAAAGUGCAGAGGUCACCGGCACGAGGAAGUGAUCCAGCGGCAGAGGGCAGCUUUGGCAGAACUGAGAGCGAGGAUCAAGACAUUGGAGCAGACGAGACCCCUGUUGUCCAGUCAGGAGCAGGCAGUCCAGCAGGUGGCGAUCAUGAGGAGGGAGCUGGCGGAGCUGAGGGCACAGCAGGCCAUUUCAGACAAUCAGAACCAGGGCACUGUUUUCGGGAGCAGCUGGCUGACAAAAACAUCUGAAGGCCAUCCCUCUGGAGGAAUGUCUGAGGCCGCUGUGGAGAGAACCUCCAGGCUAGACUUGUCAGAAGCUUUAGACCUGAGUGAGAGAACGUAUCUGGACCUGGUGCGAGCCCUGGCCAGCCUGCUGAAUGUGGGAGAUCUGCCGGGCUCCUCAUCUCUGAAGCACGCUCCGCCGGACGAGAGGGAGCGGCUCAUCUCCCAGAGGCACACAGACCUGGAGCUGCUCCACACGCGCCUCCGCCUCCUGCAGAGCCAGCUGGAGCGCAAGGAGGAGCUGUUGAGCGGAUACCAGAGAGACCUGGAGCAGCUCCGGCAGAGCCAAGAUGUGGUGUACAGACAGCAAGUAGAAGUGGAUCGGCUGAGGGAGGAGCUCCAGGGACAGAGCCAGGAAAGCGCCCUGCUUCGAGAGGCCCUGGACCGGGCCCAGCAGAGACUUGACCAGGAGAAGAGGCUCAACAAGGCCAUCAAGGAGCGCAAGACUUUCCACUUGGAGCAGCUUGAGAAGAGGAGUGUGAGGACUCCACCUCACAGCUGUGUGCAGGAGGACAUGCGUGGAAAGGUAGAAGCAAAGAAGGCAGCCCUGCAGGGAAAGCUGAAGAAGAAGGGCUACGAGAUUGAAACCCUGAAGAAGCAGCUUUGCAAACAAGACCAGGAACUGUGCAGCACAACCACUAAGCUGGUCAACCUGCAGAACGCACAACCCAACUUGCUCACUCAUAUACACACGUAGAGGACACAUAAGAGUUACACAGUGAGAUUUGAAUCAGUUACGUCUAUUAAUAGUCCCAGAUAAUCUACAGCAUUUGUGUAAGCAGUUAAAUCUGAUGUGUUUGACUGGGUCGUCACCUAGUCAAAGCACUGCUGCUUUGAGUGCAGGGUGAGUUGCAGAUCUUGGCUGGGGGCCACAGGGAGCACUGAAUUGGCUCAAGAAGGGGUUAGGGAGGGAAAUUGCCUCACAUGGUUCACCUAAUCAAGCUUCAGUGACCUCUUCUGGUCUGACAAGUCCAGGAAGUCUCCAGUUCAGUAGCUUGGAACCAUCCAUUGCAUCAGUGGGUGAAAAGAGCUGAUUGGCUUGAUAGCAGGAACAGAGCUAGUGUGUAGAUCCUCAGUCGUCCUGAAGAUCUACAGUGAUGAGGUGGCAUUUAAAAAUGGUUAAAAAAACAAAGGUAAAAUGUAUCUGAUGUGAUCGAUCCCAGGCUUCAGGCAACAGAUUGAAAAUGAAUCGCUCAAUUUUAAACAGACCAAAUUCAGGUUAUUUAUUAAAAUGCCCUUUAAAAUGCACUUGAACCAUUAGCUCAGUUAACUGCUCAUUUUAAAGUAUUUUUUAAAACGUCCUUUAGUAAAAGUUUGGGGAAACUACCAGAUGUUACCAGUUACAAAUCUCCAAUUGGAUUUAUGAAAAAGAUCUUAAAUGUGUUGAUAAAAGAGCAUGAUUGCACUGUUAAGCAUAGAGAGUACAGCAUGAAUGAAGGAGCUUGUGCAGCACCAGUGUUCACGCAUCAAGGUGAACCUGCAGGACAUGAGAAUCCUCGCUUCAUUAGAUCUUUAGUCACUGUGGAGGAUGUACAGUUGGAGGCUGUAUUCUACAGAAGUAUCGUGAGUAUAGGACAGGGGGGAGUUCCUUAGCAGCUGAAGCAACAUUGUAGAGAGAUGAUUUUCUAGUAAGAGAUUUGUGGAAACCAACAGCAUUCUCUUUAACUAAUCCUGGACACAGGUGAAGGUGGAGUUAGGGAUUUGUUAAGAAUGAGUUGUAUCCUGGAUACUGUGCAACCUUCAAAAUAAAAAAAAAGGGAUGCCCAUUUUAUACCAGCUUUUUGUUGGUGUAAACGAAUGAAUAGAUCAUACUUAGGGCUUCUGAUUUUCGGUUUUAACCGAUAAAACACCCCCGAUACAAAAAUGAAAUCAGUGGAUAGCCAAUA